UUGAGAGCAAAGGAGGAGCCAUAACAUGCAUGGUGCUGUCUUUGUUCUUCUUAGGGACUUGGCCUGCUAUUUUUACUCUGUUAGAAAGACGAGAUUGGGAAGAACACACCAGAGAAACCAAGUUUUAUAACCCAAAUUUCUCAGCUGAGAGUAUGUUGACCCAAUUACUUCCACAGUUUCAUCUUUUGUUAAUUUUUUCAUACUUCUUUUUUUGGAAUGUCAUAGCUCUUAAGAAAAUGGACUAGACUAACUCAUCAAAACAAAAUUUCAUGGGUAGUGGUGCAUUAUUCCAUUAUAACAUAAUAACCAAAUCCAACAGAUGAAUUUCGGUAAUUUAGAUAGAAGAAUUCGACUAUCAGUUAAUGAUUAAAUCGAAACCUAAUUCGCCUCCAAGCUCAAGGCGGAGGAUUGAGUGUUUUAUCUUUACAAGGCGCAUUACUACUAUCCAAAACCAAAGUGGGAAUUUAACAAUAACACCAUCUGAAAGUGAUAUUUGAAUCUUGUUGUGUGAUUGAUGCAGGAAAAUUGGGUUUCAGUCAUGUUUGCCAUGGCUGGUGGUGUGGUGCUUAGCAUUGGAAAUUUAUGCACACAGUAUGCUUUAGCUUUUGCUGGUUUAUCUGUGACUGAAGUGAUUACUGCUAGUAUGACUGUUGUCGUAGGGACAACCUUGAAUUACUUGUUAGAUGACAAAAUUAACAAGGCUGAGACUCUGUUCUCUGGUGUUGGUUGCUUCUUGAUUGCAGUGUGUCUUGCUUCAGCUGUUCACUCAUCCAAUGCAGCUGAUAAUAUCGCCAAGCUCAGCAGUUUGUCAAGAAUAGAGGAUCUGGAAAGUAGAAAUGAUACUGAAGAGAAGAUGAAAUUUGGAACGGCAGAUUUUCUUGCAGAGCUUGAGAAAAAAAGAGCUAUUAAGGUUUUUGGGAAGAACACUUUUGUUGGACUAUAUAUAGCCUUGUUUGCUGGUGUUUGCUUCUCAUUAUUCUCACCAGCUUUUAACUUGGCAACAAAUGAUCAAUGGCACACCUUGAAUAAAGGGGCUGCUAAGUUGGUUGUCUACACUGCGUUUUUCUGGUUCUCACUUUCUUGUUUCGUACUUGCGAUCAUUCUCAACAUUACCUUCCUUUAUUGCCCAGUGUUGAAUUUACCCAGAUCAUCAGUUAAGUCUUAUCUGAAAGACUGGAAUGGCAGAGGCUGGUCCUUUUUGGCUGGUCUCCUUUGUGGGCUUGGCAAUGGUCUCCAAUUCAUGGCUGGUGAAGCUGCAGGUUAUGCAGCAGCAGAUGCAGUUCAGGCAUUACCACUUGUUUCGACUUUUUGGGGCGUAGUUUUGUUUGGAGAGUACCAGAGAUCAUCAAGAAGAACAUAUGUAUUACUGGCUAGCAUGCUGUUAAUGUUUGCUGUAGCUGUUGUGAUCCUAAUGGCAUCAGCAGGGCAUCGAAAAAUGGACAUAGUAACGUGUCCGGAAACUUUACAGAAAACAGAUUCUUAAGCAGUUUCCAGGGUUGAUCAGCACACAACCCUUGGAAGGGAGGUGCUUCCUAGUUCAAGAAAAGAAUCCAGGAUUUUCUGUCUUUGAAAUUAUAAUAAAGCAAUAGUAAUAGAUUGGUUAUUGGAGGGAGAUGGGCAGACAAGAACAUUUGAUUGGUAAGCUUGAAGGAUCCUCUGUCAGGAGCUGGUUGUCUUGAUUUAUUUAAUAAAUUCUGAAGUAGAGUCCAGCUUUUGGAUGCCUGUAUUGGUUUAGUCUUGUUUUCUUCUUUUAUUAUUAUUAUUUUU